AUGGGAAUGGAAAUCAGUGGUCGGCAAUUACACCAUCUUCACUUUGUUGACGACAUCGUUCUUAUAACAGCAAACAGCCAAACGAAACGAAUGCUUGCCGACUUUGAUAAAGCCUGUGGAAAAGUUGAUCUUCAACUAGAUCUCACCAAAACGAUGUUCAUGAAGAGCGGAUUCGUUACGUAUAUCCCACUCACGUUCGACAGAAUGAAUAUCUCCGAAUGCUCCAGUUACGUCUAUCUAGAUCGGGAGAUCAACAUGACGUACGACUUUGCUCCAGAGUUGAGCAGGAGGAAACGAGCAUCUUGGGGAGCUUUUAAGAUCAUCGACGAUGUAGUGUAA